AUGUUUGAUGUCUCUUGGGUGCGUCAUCGUGAUAUACAUUUGCUGACAGUGGGUCGCUACACUUAUACCUCAGAUCAGAGAUUUGAGGCAAUGCAUUCACCACAUGCCGAAGACUGGACACUGCGUAUUCGUUAUGCCCAGCGCAAAGAUUCGGGGAUAUACGAGUGCCAGAUAUCGACAACACCACCGAUUGGUCAUUCGGUUUAUUUGAAUAUUGUGGAACCUGUUACAGAGGUGAUUGGUGGGCCAGAGCUGCACAUUAACAAGGGAUCAACCAUAAAUUUAACAUGUAUUGUAAAAUUCGCACCAGAACCUCCACCCACGGUCGUUUGGUCACACAAUAGACAGGUCAUAAAUUUCGAUUCUCCACGUGGCGGUAUAUCAUUAGUAACGGAAAAAGGUGUUUUAACCACAAGUCGUUUAUUGGUACAGAAGGCCAUACAACAGGAUUCUGGACUUUAUACAUGUACGCCUUCGAAUGCAAAUCCAACAUCUGUGCGAGUACAUAUCGUUGAUGGUGAACAUCCUGCGGCUAUGCAUCAUGGUGGCACCACACAUCUGCAUGCCUCAUCGUACGCCAUAAUGAUACUUUGGGCCUUCGCAUUAUUAUGGCUACAGCAACAACAGCUACACAGUAAUCUACGUCAAUGUAUACGUUGGCGCAAGGGGACCAUUAAAUUGCGAAAUAAUAAACAACAGAACAAAUACCAGCUGCAGCAACAGGGACAUCUAACACGGUUACUGUCACAUCAUCAUCAGCAUUAUCGGCAGCAACAACAACAACAACGACAUUAUUAUUACUUUGAUAUAAAAUCCCAAUAUAGCUGUUUGUUGCUGUGGUGGCAACAUAGAUCUACUACCACCACAAAUCUGCAAUUGCCAAAUACAUAACCAUUAAAAGAUAUACUAACACAUUUUUAAAUACAACAACAAAAACAACAAAUAAA